AAAUAGCAUCGGCUUUAGCUCGUCUUCUUGACUCACCGAUCUAGGUCUCUUCGUCGUCCGGUGGGAAGGUAGAUAUCAAGAAAACUUAUCGGAGUUUUGUGUAUCUGAAAAGUUUUUGAAACAGCCCUAGGUAGUUUCCCCAAACCCCUUGGUUCAUUAUCUAGUGAUUGAUAAAAAGGUUUCGAGGUAAAAUUUUACGAAGGAAAUUGGUCGUAUAAUGAAACUAAUGGUGAUUUCGUGACUCCAAGAACUGGGAACUUUCAUAUCCAUAGUUGGUUCCGUGAACAGAGGGCUGUCCAAACCCUAGUCUGCUGAUCAGUGUUGAAACAACUAUCUUUGCUUGGUGAUGGAUGAUUAUGAAAUCGUUACAGAUGUUCCACAAAUGCUUCCACCUCCACCUGGCAGUUUCCUUGAUCGUGAAGAACUUAUCCAACAUGUUGGAGAGUUUGGUGUGUCUCAGGGAUACGUUGUAACCAUUAAGCAAUCCAAGAAGGAGAAAGUUGUAGUUCUUGGAUGCCAAAGAGGAGGUGUUUACAGAAACAGGCGUAAGACAGAUGAUGAUGGAACUGGUGAACUUGUUCGCAAAAGAAAGUCUGGUUCACGCCUUACAAAUUGUCCAUUUGAACUUGUUGGUAAAAAAGAUGAUGGUUUUUGGGUACUUUCAGUAAAAAACGGGUCCCACAACCAUGAACCUUUAAGUGAUAUCACACAGCAUCCAUCCGCUCGCAGGUUUACAGAAAGUGAGGUAUUGCUUAUUAAAGAGAUGACAGAAGCUGGUUUAAAACCACGCCAAAUUCUGAAGAGAUUAAGACAGCAUAAUCCAGAGCUUUUAUCAACUCCAAAACAUGUUUACAAUAUCAAAACUAAGCUUCGUCAAGGGAAUCUUACAGUUAGGAGAUAUAAAACAUUGAGACCUCAGAGUUCAGCUCAAGGGAACUCUAAUUCAACAACAACUUCAGAGCCUUCUUGGAGACAGCGUUAUCCUCCAAGGGUACCAAAUUUCAUUGGUGGUAUGUUUAUAGACUCUCAAUCAAGAACAUCUAUUGAUGUCAUAAACCCUGCAACCCAACAAGUGGUUUCUCAGGUUCCUCUAACAACAGGUGAAGAGUUCAGGGCAGCAGUAUUUGCAGCAAAAUGUUCUCUUCCAUCAUGGAGAAACACACCUGUCAUGGCCCGCCAACGUAUCAUGUUCAAAUUUCAAGAACUAAUUCGAAGAGACAUCGACAAGAUUGCUCAAAAUAUAACAUCUGAACAAGGAAAAACAUUGAAAGAUGCACGUAACGAAAUGCUUCGUGGGCUUGAGGUGGUUGAACAUGCUUGUGGGAUGACAAGUCUCCAAAUGGGAGAAUUUGUUUCAAACAUACGAAGUGGAGUUGAUAGCUACAACAUAAGGGAACCACUUGGUGUUUGUGCUGGAAUUUGUCCUUCUAAUUUUCCAGCAUUAGUUCCAUUAUUGAUGUUUCCGAUUGCAGUAGCAUGUGGAAACACGUUUAUUCUGAAGCCAUCUGAGAAAGAUCCAGGGGCAUGCAUGAUACUAGCAGAAUUAGCAAUGGAGGCUGGCUUGCCAAAUGGUGUACUAAAUAUAGUUCAUGGAACCAAUGACAUUGUGAAUGCUAUAUGUGAUGAUGAUGAUAUCAAAGCUAUAACAUUUGUGGGCCCAGAUUCUUCUGGUUCACACAUUCAUGCAAGAGCAUCUUCUAAUGGCAAACGUGUUCAGUCAAAUAUUGGUGCAAAAAACCAUGCAAUAGUGAUGCCUGAUGCACACAUGGGUGCCACCUUGGAUGCUCUUGCUGGUGCUGGAUUUGGUGGCGCAGGGCAAAGGUGUUCAUCAUUGAGUUGUGUUGUAUUUGUUGGAGGUUCAAAACCAUGGGAAGAAAAACUAGUGGAGCGUGUGAAAUCACUUAAAGUAAAUGUGGGAACUGACCCUGAUGCAGACCUUGGCCCUGUGAUUAAUAAAAUUGCAAAGGAAAAGGUAAUCAGAUUAAUCCAAGUGGGUGUUGAAGCUGGUGCAAGAUUAAUUCUUGAUGGAAGACAUCUGGAGGUUCCAAAAUAUGAAAUGGGAAAUUUUGUUGGUCCCACCAUCUUAUCUGAUGUUACACAAGGCAUGGAAUGUUACAAGGAGGAGGUUACUGGGCCGGUUCUUCUGUGUAUGCAGGCAGAUAGCUUAGAGGAAGCCAUAGCUAUUGUGAACAGAAACAGAUAUGGAUUCGGGGCUUCAAUAUUCACGAAAAACGGUGCAACAGCGAGAAAAUUCCAAACAGAAAUAGAAGCGGGGCAGGUUGGUGUAAAUGUCCCUGUCCCAUCCCCGCUGCCCUUCUUCUCAUUUACAGGAACAGAAGCAUCUUUCUCAGGAGACCUAAAUUUUCAAGGGAAAUCAGGGGUUCAGUUUUAUUCGCAGAUUAAAACGGUGAGUCAGCAAUGGAAGGAUUUCAGGUGUAGUGACGAAGUAGGAGGGGCUGGGCUGCUUGAAAUGCCUCCAACAACUUUUCAAACAACAGAUGGAACUUCGUUGCUAUUACCCACCCAUAAUUUUCCCGAUUCGGAUAGAGGAGGACCACUGGAAUCCCCAUCAGAUAAUCAUCAUGAUCAUCUUCAGUUGGACAAUGGGCCGGAAUUUGGAAUGCAGCAGCAUAACACGGGUGAAGCUGAAGGUGAAGCUGUAUCCCUGGGAUUGCAGCUCAGGGAUUUUCAAAACAGUGAUGGAGGGGUAUCUCCUGCUUUGCUCAUGUCUGAUGGAUCACAGGACCCCAAGUUCUUGACCCAUUUUCUAAACUGGAGCCGAAAUGCACAGUAGGUUUUGAGUUUUGAGUAGUUGGGUGUAGUGGUGUAAAGGUGUAUUUGAUGUGAACUGUGAAGUAACAAAUGGAGCUCAUGGUACUUACUCAUGGAAGCUCUCCUCUCAAUCAACUAGUUAAAUUUCCUAUACCUGUCUUGUGUUGUGUUGUGUAGUGACACUGGUUUUAUAUGUGAUUAUGUUGUUAAAUGAAUGGAUGGAUUUUGGUAAA